GGCGACAAUCUAGGUCUCAAUAACAGUACCAGUACUAGUGUACAAGUAUAUCAUUACUAUUUUUGAACUCAUUAAAAAAAUUAUUUAGAAAAUGAGGUGAUAUAAAAAGGUAAUAAGUAGUCACUGAUUGUGUCGACACCACUCUCCUCCUCCUCCGUUAUCAGUUUCAGCAUCUGAGAUGAAAUUCGGAAGGAGGAGGAUCUCAUUCUCUAACCAUUCCCACACGAUGCUCCACUUAAACGCCGUCGUUUUACUCCUCCUCCUCUUCUUCAUCCCACCCGUCUCCCUCUCCCUCGCAAACGAACCCUCUCUCCCCCGAUUCGCCGAGGCCCCACACUACCGCAACGGAGAAAACUGCCCCGCCCCUACAAACAACGCCUCCCUCCUCCACAUCGCCAUGACCCUCGACGCCGCCUACCUCCGCGGCACCAUCGCCGCCGUCCACUCCGUCCUCCGCCACGCCACGUGCCCCCAGAACCUCUUCUUCCACUUCAUCGCCGGCGACGCGGACUCCCUCCCCGACUCCCCACUGAGGCGGCUCCUCCAGUCGACGUUCCCCUCCCUGAGGCGGCAGUCCCGCGUGCACCUCUUCCGCGAGGGCGCCGUCUCCGGCCUGAUCUCGGCCUCGGUGCGGCCGGCCCUGGAGCGCCCCCUGAACUACGCCCGCAACUACCUCGGCGACAUCCUGGUGGACGUGGAGCGCGUGAUCUACCUGGACUCGGACCUCGUAGUGGUGGACGACAUCGGGAAGCUGUGGCGCGUGACGCUCCCCCCUUGGCGCGUGAUCGCCGCCCCCGAGUACUGCCACGCGAACUUGAGCAAGUAUUUCACGGGGCGCUUCUGGGGCAGCCCGGUUCUCUCGCGCGCCUUGGCCUCGAAAAGGGCAUGCUAUUUCAACACGGGGGUGAUGGUGAUGAAUCUUGCCACGUGGCGCAAGGGGCGGUACACCCUGAGGCUUGAACGGUGGAUGAGGGUCCAGAAGAGCAGCAGGAUCUACGAGCUCGGCUCCCUUCCCCCCUUUUUGCUUGUUUUCGGCGGUGAGGUUGAGCCCCUUCCUCACCGCUGGAACCACCACGGCUUGGGCGGUGAUAACGUCGAGGGCCUCUGCAGGGAGUUGCAUGAGCAUGAGGGUCCUGUUAGCUUGUUGCAUUGGAGUGGCAAGGGCAAGCCUUGGCUCAGGCUUGAUUCCCAUCGCCCUUGCCCCUUGGAUCGCCUCUGGCACCCUUAUGACUUGUUUCUUCCUUCUUCCUUCUUCCUUCGCUAGCGCUACUCCCUACCCUCAUCAAUUCUACUUGUACACAUUCAUCACUUUUUCCUCUUUUUCUUUUUUUCAUAUGUUAGUCACUGCUUUCUACGUACGUCCCAUGCACCAAUAACAGAUGCAUGCUUCUUUCUGAAUUCUGAAUUCUGCCUUUUAAUUUUUAAGAUUACCAAAACGAUUCUUCAUUUCUUCAAA